CUGAAAGCCAGGCCUGGAUCCCCUCCUCUCCGCCACGCCGGAGUCGGUAGUUCUGCCUCCAAGGCGGCGGUUGGUACAGUCUGGGGUGCCGAGCCCCGCCCCUCGGGCAGGGUCGCCCCGCCCCUUUCCACUCCUCUCUCUCCGCUUCGGUUAGGCCAGGCGUGGCGAGAGGCGGGCGCUGCGGUCAGUCCGGCUUCCCGACCUCCGGCUCGGCUCCGUUCACGACUGGGCGGGGAGGCAGAGGAUGGAAGUGGGUUUAUCGGCCUUUACGUUGUAUCUAGUCAGCGCCAGCAGCCCUGUGGCGGCGACAGCGAUGGACCGGGAGCCAGUGAGCUGUGCGGAAGGAGAAGCAGUCGCAGCCUCAGGAGCUGCGGCUGCGGCGGCGUUCAGGGACUCUGCGCAGCAGAUGAGUCACGAAAGAGGCUUUGAAAAUGUAGAACUGGGAGUCAUCGGAAAAAAGAAGAAAGUCCCAAGGAGAGUCAUUCAUUUUGUCAGUGGUGAAACAAUGGAAGAAUACAGCACAGAUGAAGAUGAAGUUGAUGGCCUGGAAAAGAAAGAUGUUUUGCCUACCGUUGAUCCGACAAAACUUACGUGGGGCCCCUACUUAUGGUUUUACAUGCUUCGAGCUGCCACGUCAACCCUCUCAGUGUGUGACUUUCUCGGAGAGAAGAUUGCGUCUGUUUUGGGCAUCAGCACCCCAAAAUACCAGUAUGCCAUUGAUGAGUAUUACCGGAUGAAGAAGGAGGAGGAGGAGGAGGAAGAAGAAAACAGGAUGUCUGAAGAAGCAGAAAGACAAUACCAAAAGAAGCUGCAGGCUGAUUCCACUGUUCAGACAGAUCAACCAGAAACAGUGGUAUCUAAUUCAUUUGUGAAUCUCAAUUUUGAAAUGGAGGGAGAUUGUGAAGUAAUUGCAGAAAGCAAACAAAAUCCAGUCUCUGUUCCACCAUAGAAUGUGAUGAUUCUCAAACUUCAAACCUUAAGGUGGUUUUCAUAUCAGGAACUUUGACAUUAUUCAGUAAUACUUAAUAUAGUUAUUUAUAUUUUAAAUUAUUUCCUGGAAAGGGGAAAAUGUUUCUUUAUCCUUAGGCUCUAUCUAGCAAAAGUCAGAUCUGAAAUUUGGAUAUUUGUACUAUGCUUUUACUGUGUGUCAAAUUAGUGUUUUGGUUUUAAAAUGAUAUUUAUAAAAAAGUAAAGGACAUUUUAGACCCCUAACUGCAAUUAAGAAGAAUUAAAUUAUCAUGAUUGUCUGUUAUUUGUGUUUAUAAAAAAAAUUGGUAACUUGCUGAUUAAGGCUAAUUUGAGCUGAUGUUCCUAAUUUCAAAGAAAAAUGAGGAUUUUUUUCCCCUAGAUCUUUUCACUGUUAUUUCUUCCAUUUAUAUAUCUAACCAUUAAUUUCAUACUAAGGAUGAUUCACUGAGUUUGUAAUAAAAGGGGCAAGAUAAAAGCACUUUGAAUUUUAUUUUCUUGAAUAUAUUUUAUGGAACGGUGAUUGAAUUUAUAACACCAAAUAUUAAAAUAGGUUUCCUUUUUUUUAUGUAGGUUAUUUAAUCUUUUCCGUAGUUAUUCAAAUUAAAUAACUAUCUUUGAACAUAAUGUUAAAAUACUAAGUUACUGAAUGAAUUUAUUAAUGUAUUUGUUUUCAAGUGGCAGUACCUAGUGUCCACAUGGCAUCCUGGUUAUGUCACUCAUUCAGUCCUCAGUGCCUCCUAUGGGCCAGGUACUUACAGGGAGGGGCCUGGGAUUGGGAGACAGAGGAAGAGUUAACCCACCAGGGGCUCACUGUUAAAUAUUGUACGAGGUGCAGUGGUAGCAUAAUGAAGGUAGUUGUCAUUUACCACUUCAAAGUAACAACAAUAAAGUGGACAGUUUGCCUGACCCAGGUGGGCCAUCUGUCUAUCCACUGUGUUAUUAGCCAAACUUAUAAAAAUACAGUAUGAAAUUAAUUUUUAAAUAUUCUUAAAUAUGGGUUCAGAAUCUUAUGUAUGAUUUUGAUUUGUAACUAAAUGUAGGAAAGGAAGAGUAUGUAGCAGAGUUCAGAUAUUGCUGCUAUUAAAAGCCUAUUCACAAACUUAAAAAGCCUUUAGAAAUUAAUGAGUAUUGAUAGCCAUCUAAACAGCAUUAAAUUUUCAAUCUCAAAUAUAUCUAUGUAAAAUACAGAGAAACUCACAACACACAUACAGUGGGCCUGUUAUGGAACUCUGUUAUCAGUGAACAUCUAGCCACUAAGUUCAGUUUUUUAACUGAAAUUUGAAGAAUUUAUGAAAGAUAAUUUUUCAUUAGGGAUAUUUGGUUACAUGGAUUCAUAGUGUGGUUCAUGGCAUGUGACAGUAAUCUUAUUAGUAGUGGGUAUAAACUACACAAUUUAGUGUUUCAGGGACUAAUCAUCAGAUUAUGUAAUUAAUGGCACUGUAAAUUAUAGUUUACCAGUAGCUCUAAAGCACGGUAACCUGAAAACUAGAAACUAUUCUAAUUAUAGCAGAAGGAAGAUAAUGACUUCUAUUAUAUGUUUUAUGUUUCUUGAAUUUUACUUUCUUGUCCAACAAUGGCUGGUUUGUAAUGUUUAUAUGGUUAUACAGUGUGCCUUAAAUUUUUAUAUUUUUAUUUAUGCAAACUAGAACAUUUCCCAUAAAUGCAUUAAAUGGUUUUCUUAUUUUUAAGCCUCCUUCAGUUUUUCUUACUUUCAACCCUUUUAAUAUUUACCAUUCCCUCUGGAUCAUAGUUCAUGAUAUUCUGUCUCCUCUUCUAAUCUUUCAUAUCUUACAAACUAAACAUAGUGUAACUGAGACCUUUUACAGUGAGUUCAAUUCUCUAAUGACAAUCCUUAACAAAUGAAGUUACCCCUGGUACUGGUUAAUAAAGCUAGACAUAUUUUUUUAUACCAAUGAUUUCAAUUAAAGUAAAAUAUUAACUUAAAUACUUUUUUUAAUCAUAUCUAAACACUUCUAACCCAGAAAUGAAAUGAAUGGGAAAGUUUGUAAUCUCUGAUAUACAUAAUAUUUUAGUAGAAUACUCAAGGUUAAAUUACCGCAUUAUAGUUUAACUAUUUUUCAGAUAUUCAAAAAAUUUUUUAAAGAUUUUAUUUACUUUCAGAGGGUAAGGGAGGGGAAAGAGAGGGACAGAAACAUCAAUGAGUGGUUGUCUCUUACAUACUCCACACUGGGGACCUGGCCCUCAACUCAGGCAUGGGCCCCAACUGGGAUUUGAACCAGUGGCCCAUUGCUUCGCAAGCCGGCACCCAGUCCAUUGAACCACAGCAGCCAGGGAUAGGUAUUUAGGUUCUUAAUGACCAAUGUCAGAAACAUUCCCUGAAAACUUCCUUUAUUCCUAAAGGUUACACAGAUUUUAAGUGGACCUCUUCUACCUUCACCAGAUCAUACUUGCCUUAUUUGAGCUAAGUGGAACCAGAAUUUACUGCUUCCUAAUUUGAUACUAUUGCUUCCAAACUAUUAAUUCCAAUAAUGAGAACAUUUGCUGUGUUCUAUAGGCAUGUGAAGUAUUUUAUUUAGACCAUUUCUAAGGAUUCUGCUUCAAAGGUUUUACAUACAGCAUUCAACUUAUCUUAAUGAAUAUAGUCUAGUCUUUGAGAGAUCAUGUAUCAUCAAGGUCUGCAGAAUUUUCAUUGUCAUUUGCAACAAGGGCUUCCCUGUUCUCGUAAGUCCAGAAGCCAUUCAGAUCGAUCAGAAUGGUGGUGACUGUGUCUCCUUGAUUACUGUUGAUUAAAUCCUGAAGAGAGAUUUUCAAAGGAUCCUUUGGUUUUACCAUGUCGAAGAUUUCAUCCUGCAAGAGAGAAAAAAUACAAUGAAAUCUGAUAUAUGACUCAUUUAAUUUCUACCACACAGUGACCUAAAAUUCAGCACUUAAGCUUAUGUAAAAUUUAUAUUCCAGUUUUUUCUUUUCCAUUCAACAGAUAGGUAGUUUCCUUUAUGUACAAUCACAGAAUUGCAUUGGAAGAGUCCCUCAGGUAGGUGAUAACUAUCCCUCACUGAGGAAUAAACAGGCUCAGGGUCUGAGCUAACACAACCUACAUAGCUAAUUAAUAGCUAAACUGUCUAAUGCAGUGUUCUUUGAAUGCAUGUUAACUACUUUUCUUUUGUUGGUGGUAAAACAAAGCCUUCAUUUAAUUUAAAUGCAAAUUCAGCUCAAAGUAAAAACUUAAAUGCUUCAGAACCAAGACUAUGAUAAAGAUUUAUUUCCAAAUUUGAUGUCAACCUUUUACUCUGGACCUAGGAUGGGGAUGGGGGUUGGUAUUAAAGAAUUAGUCAUCCAGAAUGACAUGAAAUUGUGCUAAAACUUGCUGAAUAGAUGGAAGAACUUCUGUUAUGAAAUGUACUGUAUGAAUGAGUAUUUAUAAGGAAUCAGUACAUGUUUUCUAAGCUUUUGGAGUAAAACUCAGUAUUUAAUAUCAUUAAAGGAGGAAAAUUGCAUUUUUAAAAGAUUAGAACAAUUCAGGUAAAUGAAAUUAUGCACUUUUAUAUGUUUGUGAAACUUCCUUUUCUAGGUUGGUGGCCAUUUAAAACAAACUAGUUCUUAAAUUGCAUGUUGCAAUAGUUUAAAACGGAUCUCAUUUAUAUUAAACCAAAUAGCUCUUUUUCUUAUACUUGGUUAAAAUUCAAUGAGUUAUUUUAUUACAUUACUCAACUUGAACCUGAAUUGAUGCUGGAUACUUACUUCGGGGGAAAGUCUCAAUACUAAAGUGCCAAGUAGCAGCAUGUGUUUCAAUAGUGGUACUUUUCAUAUUGUAGAAUUGAUGUCUCUUUAAACUAAACAUGUGCCCCGACCUAAACAGUUUCCAAGUUAAAGAUUCAGUUUAUGUUGGAAUGGUUUGCCAAAGAUGCAAGCCAUAUUGAGUCCCUUAAUUUUCAAUAAAAAUGAAGGAAUGAUUUCAAUGAGAACAGAAGAGUGAAAAUGUUAAAAUCAAACUACAAAAAUCAUUAGUCAAAACAUGGCCUUAGUUUCUAGUGACUUAAAUAUCUUUGGAACAAUAACAGCAAAUACUUGAUUUGGUUCAGUACUUUAUAGGUCAUAAGUUGUUUUCAUAUAAAAUUUCACUUAAUACAAAUGGUUAUCUAAUGUUAUGUAAAUUAAAGGAUAAAGUAACCUUGACAUCUUGAAAUGAAACAGGAUCUUGUCCAUGGAUUUUCAUUAGUUCCUGUAUGGCCUGUAUUUAGCAGAAAUAAAUCUGUAAAUAAAAAAUAAAAUAUACA